CGUGUGGAUACAAACGAACAAAUUAACGGCCUACUUCGAACGACGUCGUGAUAAAAUCUUUCGUGUGGAUUUGUUUUUGUUUAGUACUGUACCUCCUGCGGUUAGUUUACGAACUACCCCUUCAUAUCUUUCCGUUAAGACUUAAUGCAACAACGCUUUGGAAGUCGAUAGUUCGACAAAGAAAAAGACUAGCAUGUUGUGCCGGUGCACUCCCACUCCGCCCGCGCCUCCUCCUGGUCUCCAGCAAUUGAGGUAGAGUGUGCAGCGCAGAACUGCUAGUAGACCCCAACUGCAGAACCUCUUGGAGGUCCGUUUGAAUAAAGUAGGACGAGAGCCAGCUAACAACUAUGGGCGAGCGGCAGCAGCGGAUCCGGGAUCCGCGGUCGGUGCCGCUCACAGGGGUGGUUGUUCCAAGCGGGGAAGGAAAUCAGCAGGACUCUGUGGCGGCGAGGACAUCCGGUGAAAGUAAACUAGCAAACGUCGACGAUUCCUUGCCGCCGAAGAGAAAAGUAUAUCUCGUUUUAUUUAAGUGUUGUGCAGGUACUAUGUGAAUGUGCAUGAGCAUGUGGCAGAAAAAAGAGAUGAAAAGAAAUGUUGAUGCAAUAAAUGCGUUCACAUCUUCCACACCCAGUUGCCACAUUUGUACUAAACGCAGAAACAUUUAUUUCGCCACAGGUGAUUUUGAUCACUCUCGCCAUGUUCUCUGGGUACGCUGCGACUAUGCAUUGCAAAUAUGUCUGGGUCUGGAAGGAUGCAAGGUUUGUCAUGCUUUUCUGGCAUGACUGAAGAGUUUGUGAUGUGUGUCCAAGAAGACACACUUUCGUUUGUUAUGCAAAACGCAGCUUGGCAUGCGGAAAGCGCAACACUAAGCAGCGCAAAUAUUUGUCAUGCUUGGCUGUGCAUUACAGAGAGUUCACUACUCGCAACUCAGCAUUACAAGUUUCCAGACCCAGACAUAUUUGCAAUCCAUAGCGACCGUGACGAUGCAACACGAGCUGCAACUGCACUUGAAAAUUCCCAACGACCCAAAUUCACCCGAGAAAAAAGCCUUCACGAUCGCCGUUACCUGCCAAUACCUGGGCAACCUGAUUUUCCGGCUGGGGCACAACGUCUUCUACUGUUUGUCCGCCAGUCAGCGGGUGUCGCUCUCCCAACUGGCUAUGAUGGUGGCCAUGUCCUUGAUUCUCCUCCUCUUCUACUAUCCGAUCAGUAGCUUCGUGCUGCUCUCGCCCCUGUAUCAUGAGUAAAAACGGCCCCACCCCAUAGUCAAGAUGGGAAAUUUGCUACAGAAAUUGCUAAGCUUUGACUGGCGCGCAUGACAAAUUUUUGGGGCUCGCAAUUUAUAGUCGUUUUGAGCUAGUGCAGCAGCGUUACAGAUCCACCUUGUGAUGCUGAGUCGAGCAUGACAAACACAAAUCUUAAAUCACCACUAGAAAACGCCUCUCAUGUUGGGUCUCCGCAUAAGAAACAUUUUAAAAAGCAUGCGGAUUUGCAUUACAACUUUGCGGUGGGGACGUUUUUGUACAGGAUACCCUGUCCAUCGUGAUUAUCGCGUACUUGCUCUCCGGUUUGGCCAUCGGGACGUUUGAAUCCAACUGCAUGGCGAGUCUGGCGAUUCUAGGACCGAUAUCACCUGCAACUAUGUUUGGGUCUGGAAGAAAGCGGACACUUUUCAUGCAUAUUUUGCAUCCGCAGGAGGGUCUAUCAUGCGUGCAGAGCAGGUGCAUGACAAAUGGCACUUCUACUCUGCAUGAGAAGUGCUCUCUCCUGGACGCAAAACCACACAUGACUCACUGACUAUGCAAGUCAGAGUUCCUUUUUUUUCUUUCAAAAUGAGCAUGACAUCCUCCCAGACCCAGACAUGUUUGCAAUGCAUAACCGAACACGAAGCUGUGGGCGGUGAUUGGCUUGCCGUUGGGCUUCAACAUUAUCUCCGUCGGGGGAAUGGCGCUGCUGUCUUUCGGCAUGCCGCGGUACGGCGUGUAUCUGUUUGUUCUGGUGAUGAACUUCUUCGGUUUCUUACUGUACAAGUGCGGACUGCCGAAGGGGGUGCACAUCGACAGAAGUGUAGUUCUUGUUCCCAAUACGAUUACGAGCAGCACUGGAGAUCAUGACCAUGCCACCAAUUUCGUCGAGAGCGCAGUACCAACAUCUUCGUAUGCGGUAAGAACUACUGGUGCACGUGAAGACCAGUCAGCAAUGGGAAACCGGCAACAGGAUCAUGGUGCUCAUAUCACGACCGAAGUUGCAGCGGCCAGGACCACUACUUCUUCCCCUGUGGAUUUGGAAGCCGUGCCAGGUGCUGGGGUGGUAUUACAAUGAAAAAUGCCACCACCCCAACAUAUUCAAAAGACAAUUUGUGUUGCUGGAUUUGUGUACACAAAUGAUCUUUGUAUUGCAGCAAGAACUUCUUGUCAACCUAUUCUAAGCCCAUUUGGGUACGCAUCCGGCUAGCAGCUCCUGAGCAUGAGAAACAGGUCUGACGUAGGCGAAAACGCAUGACAGACUCGCUGCACAGUGCGCCACAUGGGUGCCGGUUGCCUUGUGCGCAAGGCAAAGCUGAUUUGUGUUCACAAAUCAGCAUCACAAAUUCCUUUUCGAUAUGGGGAGUGGGGAUUUUUCCUUACGAUAGGCGGUCCGCUUUAACGACGCAGUGAUAAGUCGGAGAAGUGGUGCUGGGUGUUGUGGCAAAGCAGUGCGGCAGGGGAUAAGAAGUACUUACUUACUACUUUUUUCAGCAUCUGUCGCAAAUAAAGUUUCAUUUUGUCACACGAUAUUAUGGCCAUUUUGUACUUCGCCACCUUCCGUCUGGCGAUCAAACAUUCUUGCAAUUAUUUGAAGACCACACAAAAACAUCUCUCUCCACCGCAGGUCUGUGCAACUAUCUCCCAAAAGUUCUCCCGCACUCCCUCGCGCUUCUCGUGGCCAUGUUUGGCGUAUGACAGGGCACAACUCGUCCCCCUCGUUCUCAUUUCUCAUGCAAAAUACCAACUCCACGCUUUAUUCCCUCCUGUCACUAUUAUGCAUGACAAGUUCAGGUAGCCUAAGAAAAUAGCACUACACUCCAGUGCAAAUUUGUCAUGCAAGAAAACCGGCAUGCUUGCUGAUGUGUUUCUUGCCGUUCAUGCUAUACAAAUGAGGGGCACGAGGGAAAGUUGUGCACUGUCAUAUGGCGUCGCUUCCUGCACUGGGAUUACCACGAACAUUUUUAGCGGAAAGAAGGUCCCUAGGCAAGAAAAAAACUGUGUAAGUGUAAGUCUGUGAUGCAAAGGUAUGUAACACAAUUAUCACUUGUCAUGCUACCAACCAUGAAGUCCUAUUUCAUUUGUUUUUUCACUUACUAGCUGCGCAUGACAGGUCUUGUCAUGCAGAACAGAUUUGUCGUGCCGUCACCUCAAGACACCUACACUAACACAGCUUUUUUUUUUUGGAUAGUCCCGCUGUUCGCCGACACUCCCGACUCCGCUUUUCUCAUCGACCAGCACUUAUUUUUGUCCAUCCUGAACGCGUUUGUGUUCCUGGGCGACAGUAUUGCAAUGAAAAAUGUCCGCCCCACGACCCGAGUAGAACUUGGCAGCAUUUGUAUUGCAAACCUCUCCCGUGGAAAUAGUUGCCAUCUUGCAUGUAUCAGCAUCAUAAAUUUUAUUCAAUGCUGAACAGCUGAAAUUUCAAUUUGCGUUGCAAAGGAACGCAGCAAGAACUCGCCGGCCCUGUGAUGCAAAACAUGCCUAGCGCAGUCUAAGUUCUGCUGCACCAGAAAGACUCUUAGUCCUUUCAUGCAUAGAUAAAAAGUUUUUCACUUGAAAACCUUAUAUGCAUCAGAAAAUUUUUUUGCUGCAACUAUGAGGGUCCUCGUGCGGGCGCUUUCCAUUGUGACAGAGAGCGUAAGCAGAAAGAUCGCCUACUUGAUCCCCGCGUUUCCGAAAACAACGAGUGCGGAAGUAGAAACUGGCGCAGAAGAAAAUCCUGUGGCAUCGAUGUCAACAUCAAGACGGAUAAAUCGGAAGAUUUUUCUGCGGCAAAUCAUCCUCCUGCUUUUCUUCAACGUGUUCUGCACUCUCUCCGGGCUGUAUUUUCUCUCCCUGAAAAUGGGCUUCUUCGCGAUUAUCGGAGCUUUCCUGAUUUUCUACGGUAACGUAUCCUGAGAGACAACGUCCCCACCUCAUAGUCAAGAAAUGGGAAGUUUGCAGCUACACAAACCAACAGCGUUUGGCUGUUGCGCGUGUCAAAUUCGUGCUCGCAGCGUGAGAUUACGUAGCUAUUGAAGCUGCAUCACAAUUUGAUCCUUUCUAUUCUGAUAAUUUUAAUUGUAGUAUGACAAACUGCCAGACAGCACGAAGAAAUGCUUAUCAUGAGAAGCAUUUGAGGCUUGCAGAUUUCUUUGCAUGGCAAGAAUUCUGGGGCAGGGGCGCCUUUACAUCGGAUACAACGGCUCAGUCUACGCGACGACCACCCGGUUUGUCGACAAGCAACUCGCUAUGGAGUUUCACGUUCGGGCACUGUCCGUCUGGCUUUUCGUCGGCGAUUUGGGGAGCGUUUCCGGGAGUAGUUUGACGGAUGUGUUUCAUCGGCACUUGUGCGGCUGCGGGAGUGUGAAGCACUACUGGAUUUGCAAGUGAUCGAUGUUGUUGUGCGUCGAAGCCUGAUCUGGGAAAGAAAUGCUCACAACCGCGAGCUCAUCCGCGAAGGCGAACUCAUGAUUUAAACUCGCCACACCCUGUUUUAAGUAUCUGUCUCAGACAGAGUGAGCUGCUUUGACUCUUCGAAGAUCCCAAUGUUCUUGCGUGGUCGUGCCUACGUUAUGCUGGUAUGUUGAUAUGUCAGCACCGGAGGUGUAAGUGCUUUUACAAAAGUUUCGCACUGUAAGAUUUUUCAACGCUCCGGAUGGCGUUCAUGAUUCGCCCACCGUUGUAGUGUCAGGACGAUCGUCAUGAUGAUCCUGCUGCUGCUCACAGGUGUGAGUCUUGUUCUCCUCUCGCCUCGAUCAUCUAUAUUUUUGUCUACAUCAACAUCUUCAUGCCCCAAUGGCGGCGACAGAUUAUCUUUUACAAACAGAAACAUAAAAGGUGCCUCCCGUUCUCCCCUCUGAGCGAGAUCAUGGAGAGCUAGCAGAGGAG